CGCUCCAAGCCACGCUGAGGCUGGGAGCUGACCCUUGUCAGAGGCUGUGGAAUGGCUCAGCCGCUCCCCGGAAAAUCAUUUUGAAAAGACCCGAAUGCCUAAGGCUAAAGUUUAAGCAGAAGUGAGAACAAAAAGCAAACAGCCGACUCUGUCUACGGAGAAUGAGCAUCUCGCAGCCUAAGAUUCUAACCUGAUAACGGUCAGAGCUGUACCUGAAAGAGAGUAAAAACUCCAUUUCCAGCUGUGAGGCUUGCGGCUGCAUCCCCAGCGAGAAUGCCAAUCGCAGCCUCCUAACUUUCAGACUGAUCACGUCUGGGAGAAAAUAACGGAGAAUCCUGACCCGGGAGGGGACAUCGACUCCAGGGGGAUUUGAGUCCACUUUGCGACCAGAUGAUGAACUCCACCCUCCCCCGUGGGAUGCACACCUCUCUGCACUUCUGGAACCGCAGCAGCUACGGACUGCACAGCAACGCCAGCGAGACCCUGGGGAAGGGCUACUCGGAUGGGGGUUGCUACGAGCAACUUUUUGUCUCCCCUGAGGUGUUUGUGACUUUGGGUGUCAUUAGCUUGCUGGAGAAUAUUCUAGUGAUCGUGGCCAUAGCCAAGAACAAGAAUCUGCACUCACCCAUGUACUUUUUCAUCUGUAGCCUGGCUGUGGCCGAUAUGCUGGUGAGCGUUUCCAAUGGAUCAGAGACCAUAGUCAUCACCCUGUUAAACAGUACAGACACGGACGCGCAGAGUUUCACGGUGAAUAUUGAUAAUGUCAUUGACUCGGUGAUCUGUAGCUCUCUGCUUGCAUCAAUUUGCAGCCUGCUUUCCAUUGCGGUGGACAGGUACUUUACCAUCUUUUAUGCUCUGCAGUACCAUAACAUAAUGACCGUGAAGCGGGUCGGGAUCACCAUAAGCUGCAUCUGGGUGGCUUGUACGGUUUCGGGGGUGCUGUUCAUCAUUUAUUCCGACAGCAGCGCUGUCAUCAUCUGCCUCAUCACCAUGUUCUUCACCAUGCUGGCUCUCAUGGCCUCCCUCUAUGUCCACAUGUUCCUCAUGGCCAGACUUCACAUUAAGAGGAUUGCGGUCCUCCCAGGCACGGGCGCCAUCCGCCAAGGGGCCAACAUGAAGGGGGCCAUUACGCUGACCAUUCUGAUUGGGGUCUUUGUUGUCUGCUGGGCCCCGUUUUUCCUUCACUUAAUAUUCUACAUCUCUUGCCCCCAGAAUCCAUACUGUGUGUGCUUCAUGUCUCACUUUAACUUGUAUCUCAUACUGAUCAUGUGUAAUUCAAUCAUUGACCCUCUCAUUUAUGCACUCCGGAGUCAAGAACUGAGGAAAACCUUCAAGGAGAUCAUCUGUUGCUAUCCCCUAGGAGGUCUCUGUGACUUGGCUAGCAGAUACUAAAUGGAGACAGAGGAGAUCCUAAAAUCCUGCUUAAAAAGUCUUUUUUCAUUCUUGUGCAACCUGAGCAGUGUACUUAGGCAGCACCUGUUGUAUCUUCUGUGCUGUGCUUUGAUUGAGAAAACUUGUGGUAAUUUAAGCUUAUGAUUUUUGAUAUGAAAAAAUGUCCAGUCUCAGUAUUAUUAGUCACAUCAUGCUACUUUUUUUGGUUGUAAAAUGCUAAUCUGUAUUAUACAUAUUAUAGGUAAUAUGGAUUUACAAAGAGUUAAGAUGCCAUUAUUAAAAGCCUAAUAUUGUCUCUUUCUUGUUCUCAGAAUUCAACACUUUGCUUGUUUUAGUAAUACAGAAAUCAGAGCUUCAUUAAAUAUAUUCUCAUGGAUGUUUUCAUAUAUUACACUAUACAACUUUGAAAUGUAGACGUUUGAUUUAACAUGUAAGGGGAAAACAUUUAAAGAAUGGAAGCUUAAUUAUUAACUAAAUCAGCACCAUUAGUAAAAUUUCAAAUGACUUAAUAAAAGCUUGCCCAUCCUCCCUAUGCAGAAAUGAAGCUCCUCCUGAGAGAAAAACAGCUACUGAAAAAGAAAAGUGAGAUUCUCAGUCAGAAAACUGUGUGUGUUUCUCAAAAACAGAAAAUUCAUUUGCCCAAGAAAACUGCCUGAUAUUGCAAUAAGGCAAUGCAGUUUAGAGAGGAAAAACAACAGGAAUGGAGAUUAAAGUGUUCUGGCAAAUCUAAAUUGCCAUGUCAAGCUGAACUUCCUGAUACCAAACUGUCCCCAACCAUCAAUGAUAACAAAGAAUAAAGUCUUUCUGCCCCUUUAAACAGGGACCCGGUAUCUGCUGAAACAUCCAGGAGAAGUGACAUUGCAGUGAGAGGUGCAGCAUUUGAUCUCAAAAGAACUCUAUGAUUGACAACAAGUUCCUUCACAUUCCACAUGGACAUGACUUGCUAUUCACUUAUUUUUUUGAACUAGAGUAUAAGUGCUGCUUGCUGAUCAAGGAUUUUAACUUUCCAAACAAAGUCCACAGUGCAAGUGUUUUUAGGCAAUAUUUGCAAAUAUCUAAAAUGAAGGCACCUGUGAUGCUGGUACAUUGCCAGCAGGAAGAAAGGCACCUACUGAGCCGCAGAGGAGGUCCUGAGAUAAGCUAGCCUUCCCCGGCCACAUUUGGAAGAGUGAAUACUUGCUUUGCUCCAAAAUAAUCCCACAAAUUUGGCCACUGAGCAAUAAAACCUGAGCUUUCUGGUCUGUAUGUACUUUAAAUAAUAGAUUAUAUUAGGCUGAUUAGCAGCAAACUGUCCUGGUAUUUAAUAUAGCAUCCUCAGAUGCUCUUAGGCAGAGCUCACAUAGAAAGGCACACCUUCAUUCAAAUCUAAAUGUUUUACAUGUUGAUCAUAAGACCUGAGAAACACUUUCGACAUUCAUGAGAAAAUAUUACCCCAAAGUAAAACCCAGAAGUCAAAGUUGACAAGUGAAAAGUGAUACUGAAGCUGAAUUUUAACCCCACUAAAAAUCUUCUAUUUUAAAGCAAAAAUAGAUAUGAGGUUUUAAACACAGACCAACAUAAUAACAUCAUUACCCUAGGUACGUGUAUGACUGCACAUAUGGUGUGAGGCUACAUCUUGUACAACCAUAGCAAUGUAAAGUUAUGCUGCAAUUGUGUACAAUGAAUCAAAAUGCAUUCUGCUGUCAUAUAUACCUAAUUAAAAUAAAUAAAUAAAAUUUUAAAAAAAACCUCCUACAGUUUGGAUCUUAGAGGUCCAAAGGUCCGUGUGAUAGAGGCUUGUCCCUACAGUGGCCCAAUGGGGAGGUACUGGAGUCUUUAACAGGGAGGGCCUGAUGGGAAGUCCUCAGGUCAUUGGGGGUGUGCCUUGUAGGGAAUGGUGAGACCCUGGCCCCUUCUUCUUUCUUUCUGUUGCUCCCUGGGUGAAGGUGAGCAGUUUGGCUCUGCCAUGAGUUUCCGCAUGCUUCUGCUGUACUGCCACAGGCCUAUAGCCAUGGUGCCAAUCAA